AUGGCCACCGAUUGGGAGACUGAGCGUGGCUACCUCACGCAGGAGCCGCCCAGCCCGCCUAAUUUGUUCUAUAAAACCCCUCCUGCAUCUGGCUCGCGGCAUUCGACGCAGCGACGAGAUUCAUCGUCCGGCCCAGCCUCGUCCCCGCUUCCAUUCUCUGCAAACCCCCGCCGCGAUGUCGAAUCGCGGCACAAGGUCCAUCUGGCGAACGACGAGUCUAUCUCACCACUGGAUCCGCGCAGGUUUACGCCCACUCUACACGCGUCGCUCGUGGCGGAAAUUUUGUCGUUGCGCCGUGACUUAGACGCUAAAACGAAGGAGAUAGACACUCUUGAAUCGUCGUUGGAAAGUGCAAGGUCCGAAGCUGAAUCGCUUCAGGAGACGAUAUCCAAAAAUUCGCAAGAGACUCGAUCCCUCAAACGACAGCUACAGCUGCUUGAAGGCGGCUCGAAUUCGGCCAUCACCGAGCUGGCGAAUGAGCGCGACGAAGCACUCGAAAAUAUUUCAGAUGUUCGAAAAAGGCUUGACAUAUCGCAAAAGAAGCUGCGAACCCAAGCAGAGCAGAUCGAACAAACUCAGGCGGCUUGGGAUCAAGAUAAACAACAUUGGGACGACGAGCGUCGAACCCUAGAGAGGAAGGUCCACGUCACUGAAGGACGGCUGAAGCUGGUUCUUAACGAGAUUGCGGCGGCGGAAGCAUUCAACGAAAAUAAUAAUACAGCGAAUGACGAUGGGUAUAGGCGAGAUAGAGCCAAUACUGGUGCGAGUGAUGCUACCAGUAUUCGAUCGAGCGUCGCUGAAAGAUGCAGAACGAGCACUCCCAGUAUGGGCAAUGAUAGGGAUGUGCAUAAUUUUCGCUACUCUAUCAUGAGCCAAACCAAUGGCAACAUGACCAAGUCCGCCGCUCUGAACCUUGCGGAUGAACUGGCAUUCGACGAGGAAGAAGAGGACAUGUCGACCUACACUGACGACGAACGUCCUGAAUCGCGUGAUACCUUACCAGAGGAAAAUUGCGUACCAAACCAAUCGCACCCACUAGACCUAAAGGCUCGAAAGAUUUUGGGGCUGUCGUUUGAUGGCCAUGAGCAAAAACCUUUGGUAGCCAAUGGUAUAUUUGAUGAGAGUGACGCAGUAACGAUAUCCAACCAAGGUAAAUUCGAAUAUAAGGACAUGGGCAUCCAGUACACUCCGCCGCCGUCCCCAAAAUCGAUACCCGAACAACAACCAGGCCCCGUUUUCGAAUCGCGCGGCAUACAAUCGACUCUGGCUGAUGUUGCAGUCGACCAGACGGAUAAAUCGAGGCUGAACGUCACAAAAGCAGAAGAGGCCAACCUUACUGUUGACUGUGGCACCCUCACCGUUCCUGUUGCCAUGGUAUCUUCUCCGUGUCAAACAACGGACGAAUUAUUAAACAACGUGACGGGCUUGCAACACAAUGAUAACGGACCUGUAAGUACGCGAGAGAUGAUUUCCUCUGGAACUCAAACAGACACUGCAGAGUCUCCGAAAGACACGGAAACUCGUUUACAGAUGCCUAUCCCCAUGAUUGCUGUUCAUCCUCCUGGAUCGAGCCCGCCAUCGCCGCGCAACAGUGUAGUCUUGCCCCCAGCCACCAGGAGCGCUGCAUCUCAGACCGAAGUCCUCCUGCUCCAGAAUACGUGCUCGUCGGCGAUGCAAACGGAGGAGAUUCGCGUCGACAAGCGUGUCAUAAAUGCAGCCGCCGCCCUACUGCCGUCGGCCAUGCCGGACAAGCCUUUUGACUCUGAGGUGGCUGAUGCGCCUUGUGAUCUACCAAUGACUCCGUAUUGUCCCCCUCCUAAGUCUCCAAAAAGAAAACUCCGUCAUCCACCACCAGUUGACGGCCCUAUCAAAGCUGCCAAGCAACAACAUGGGGAGACCUAUCAUAUUUACCCCGGCAACAAUGAUAACGGGCCGCUUACCGAGGACGAGCAGUCAGAUAUUCGUCGGCCAUUUAGAUCCAGUAGCCUAUUUGCUGGCUUUGACGACGUGAGUGACGACGGCACCCAACGAAAAGGGCAAGAUUUGUUCGGCGAUGAUGAGUUUUUGCGCCGCCCUAUGGCCUCUUAUACUUUAAAGUCCGGGAGAUUGGUCUCAAAAGAGAUGCCUUCUAUCCUGGAUCAUGAUUCAGAUGCAGAGAUGGGUGGGCAGUGCUCUCCAAAGCAAUACAGGGCCAAUGGACAAGAACAGCAACCUUCAGGCCCGCAAAAUAAGUCGCAUUCGAGGCGGGCGAUGAGAGCUCAGCUCAAACAGAUUUCUGGAGCCAAGGAGCCAGAUAUGCGACGUGCUGCAAUGAUUUUUAGCUCCACAGCAAUGCAUCAAUCAUACCGUCCUCGCAGUCCGAGCACCAGCAGCGCCAGUCCACAGAAUCCGGCGCCUCCGCCAUUCCCUGUACCGACACGAUUCAGCUCUCGCAAGCCGAGAGGUGGUAGUGAUGGUGCACAGAGCCCCACACCGUACGGUAAUGGUAGCUUGUCGGGGCGCAUGGGAGACGGUUUUCUCCGAAAAUCACGUUCAGCAGCGGUGGUGCGCAAGCAGCUAAAUGGACAUCAAUCUCCAGCACUUUCGACCUCGUCCAUGGCUCCAGAUAGCCCGUUAUAUCCGCCAAUGCCUCUUGACGAAAUAACAGCACCUCGCAACAAGCGAAAUGCUCAACGGCCCGCAAACAACCAUAUGCCUCCCUCCAAGGCUCUAUCUCACUCUCGAAAAGAUUCCACUGCAACGACGGUACAGCCAACAAGUGUGGUUGAUGCCAUUGCGCAGACAAUGGUAGGCGGCUGGAUGUGGAAGUACGUUCGCAGAAGAAAGUCGUUUGGGAUGACGGAAACUUCGAAAGACGGCUGGGAGAUAGGAAAGAAUGCGGAUGAAGCUGUGGCUGCGAAUACUGGUGUUAGGCAUAAGAGAUGGGUAUGGCUGGCGCCGUAUGAGCGAGCGAUCAUGUGGAGCAGCAAGCAGCCCACAAGUGGCCCGGCUUUGCUGGGUAAGAGUGGCAGAAAAUUAAUCAUUCAGUCUGUUCUCGAUGUCAAGGAUGAAAAUCCAAUGCCCAAGGGAGCCAGCCCGCAGAACCACUUCCGCCGUUCGAUCUUGAUUUUAACGCCUCAAAGAGCCUUGAAGUUCACUGCAAUGACCCUCGAACUUCACUGCAUUUGGUUGACUGCCUUGUCUUUUCUCAGCCAUUCUUCUAUGGCUUUAAACGAUCUCGCCGCACUACCACCCAUCCCACAGGAAGAAUAUGCCCAACGCCAACCCACCGCAUCUCUUCGUCGAAAUCCGAUUAGAGAUUCCAUCAGGGUAGCCAAGGGCAAAACUCGCUCAAGCAGCAAGUCGAAGCGGUCAUUCACUCCGCAGCCCGCUGCGGUACCAGAACUCCCGCACAUCGAGGAUCGGGGGGACGAACCCGUCUGUGAUGCAGCUGAUCCUCCAUUUGUCCCGAGAUUUGCGUCUCACACCAGGAAAAGGAGUAACACGGCGCCCCGGCCCGUGCCUGCUGCUCUUCGAACCUUUUCCAGCCACGCACCCGCCCCGUCGACCUACAGCGCGACCACCGCUGGGUCGUCCGAGCUUCAUUCCCCCUCAUCCAUUGGCCCGAGUGGGCUUCACAGCGGCCAGAGUAGCAUUAGUCGUCGAAUGUCGGAAGCCAGCGGGGCGACUGGUACAGGAGCGACGAAUUUCUUCGAUGCCAUUGGCACCGUGAGGAUGGAGGCGUUUGUCGACGGCAGCGUGGCGUCUCGCAGACGAGGGUUUCGCAACAGACACGGUGGAAAAAGAGAUCCUGGACUUUACCCGCAGAGUCCAGAUACUGAUUUCACCCGAUCUGAUGAUGCAAGCGAUAUCUUUUCUCGAAAUGAUGACCCGUUCAAAGGAUUCUAA